AUGGAGGUUGACAAAUGGGGUUUCUACCACUGCAACGGCAGCGACCCCAUCGUAGCGUUUGACAAUGGAAACAGCACAUUUCAGCUUGAUCGUCCUGGCCUCUUCUACUUCAUCAGCGGCUCCAACCCCCACUGCACGAGCGGCCAGCGUCUCAUCGUCGAGGUGAUGCAUAUCCACAUGCACCUUCAGCACAAUGCUUCCAUGCCUCCAUCCAUGUCGCCUCUCUCUGCCUCUCCCUCUGCAUCUGCUUCUCCCUCCUCCCUCCACCUCCCCGCCUUCGCUGCGUUUUUUCUUGCUCUUUUCUGCUUCCAACCAUAG